AUGGCCGACGUUAAUAUAACAAAUCGAAGAGCAAGAAGGAAAAACCCUGAAAAUCCUGAAGUCAUCGAGACUUGGGAUUCAAGUCAUAACCAAAAUGCAGACUCACAACUGACCGAAUUAGAGUUAUCUCCUGAAGAAAGGAAAAAAGAACGACAAAAACGUGAAGUUAAAAAUAAUAUUUUGCUGGAUCGUGCCCGUCGUCAGGCUGAGAAUAGACUAGCUCAACAAGGGAAGAAUAAGGAAGCUCAAACUGGUAUUGUAGCGCAGCUAUUGCAAGCACAGAAAGAGUCCAAACUUCUGCUUGCUAACUGUUUCGAGCAAACAACAGUAUUAGAUCUUAUAGACCAGUCAUGCGUAGAUCGAGAAACUAUAUCAGACAUGGCAGUUGCCAUUGACGCGGCAUCAACUGUUUAUGGUUAUCGAGUUGAUCGCACUCAUUUAGACGCCCAGGAAACUAGUGUGAACUUUCUUAAAAAUAUUGUGGAGAAUUCUCCCGUUAAAAAUAGCGACAAGAGUUCUGAUUCUGAUUCUCCUGCGAAAAAGAACAAGACCAAAGAUGCUGAAACUGACAUUCAGAAGCGAAUUGAUGAACUUGUAAAUAAUGCUGAAGAUUUGGAUGCAACUGAAGUAGAAGAAGAAGAACCAACAGGAGAAGUAGAAGUGGAAGCUCGUCCAUCGGAAUUGUUUGAUGAUGCCUCAACAUUCGAUGACUUGAAAAAUCACUUAACAGCGUUAAAAGAAGAACGAGUAGAAAAAGCUUUAAAAAUAAAAUGGAAGAAUCGUAUUUUGGAAGAAGAUGAUGAAAAAAUAUCGAUGGUUACUUCUGAAACUACCGCGAAUGAUUAUUAUCAACAGGCUAUAUCACGGCACGGAGAUCAAAACGCGAAUUCUCUCCUGCUGAACAAUACGAGAUGUCAGGGUGAUGGCCGAUUACUUCAUAUGCACAUCCGAGCUAAACCUGAUACAAUUCCGUUUCCCCCUAGUGUAGCAGAUUUUGCAAAAGGAGUCUAUGCCAACGCUUCGAACGCCUUUUCUAAGGACUUCGUUGCUCCUGAAAAUCAGUUUCUACCUUCUAAUGAUUCACCAGAUAAAUCACUGUUGAGCAGUGAUAAGGUUGAAGGUUCCGAAUGCGACGGAGAAGAUUUGGAAGAAAUUCUAUCAGAAGCAAAUGAAACCGAGCUAAUGGAUGCAACAAGUAUGCCAGAUAGAACUAUAAUGGAAACAACCAUGAUGCCUAAUCAGACGAUUCUAAUGAGAAAACGAAAAAAAAGCUCAAAAGUUAUUAAGAUGAGAGGCCGCGAUUUAGCUGAGUUAUGGUUGGAACCAGGUGCUGGAGUUCCUACCGUGAAAGAUGUUGAUUUUCAAUGUAUGAACAAUAUUGCUAAUCUCAGAACCGAGGGUCUUCCCAAAAAAACCAGUAUGCUCACUUGGGAGGAACUGGAAAUGGAUUCAGACGAUGUCCGAACUGAGCUGCAGUACUUCCAGUCUGCUGGUUUUGAUGGCGACUUUCGUGAUAUUGAAAGUGCUUACAACGCUGUAUUAGUUACGAAAAACGUAACCGAGAAUGAAGCAAAAGAGGCCGCAAAGGAAAUCGAUGAAAGUGGUGGUACGAAAGAAGAAAUUUAUGCUAAGAAGAAAAGGCUUCUCCUACCAGGAAGUUACCUUUUUUUUAUGGAUAUGGAUGAUAAGCCUUCUAAUAUAGCGGCUGAUCCGUGGGUAGAGGAAUGUAAUAUUGCGGCAAACUUUGAAACGUUCCAAGAUUCAGUCUGUAUGGAUGAAUUUGAUUCGUUUGACGCUGAAUGUCCGGAUGAUAAUGAGGCCACUAUAGUAGAGCAGGAUAAUACUUUGGUUGUGGAAGAAGAAACGACUAUACCCCGAGAAUUGCCUUCAGACGACUAUGUCGACAGUUUACUGGACACUGAAACAACUAGCGCUUAUUCUGAACAACCUGUAAGCUUAGAUACUCCUUCAGAAGAAUACCCAGAUGUUCCUAGCGAAGUUGCUCCCUGCGAGAACAACUUGUUGCUGAAACAUCUGGGAAAACGGGAUGCUGCCCAUUGGAAAGCAACAGAUAAGGUCACAGAGAAAGAGAAGAAGCCACGUAAAGAGAAGGUUCAAGUUGAACAAAACUUUGAAUCAUAUUUUGUACUUUCUGAUCUCAACGAUCGUGAAGAAGCGUUUAAUCGCUUCACAAUCGCCAAGCCUAAUUCUCUAGUUAAGAGUGAAGAUAUAGUUUUCCAAAACAAGAAACAGUUAGAGCGACGACCGUACCUUGGGGCCUUCGAUUUUGAAAACUUCACAAGACCUGGUUUGCUAUUCCAAGGGAGGUAUGGGGGAGUUCGUUUCCAACGUAGCUUACCGGUUCAAAUAAACGAUGCGAAAAUCAAUGAAGGUCUACCUGAAAACCUCGAAGUAGAAGAGGCCCAAGAUGUGGAAGAUGUUUGUAGAGAUUGGCUUGCAAUGUUCGGAGCUUUCCGUAUCAUCAAUGAAGAUAGUUCUAGUGAUGAAGGCGACGGAGAUUCUUCAAAAGAUUUGUUUUCGGAUUAUUGGGAGGAAGGCGAUCCUCCAGCUAAUGAUGACGGUUCUCGGAUAAGCUCGUCUAACAUAGUGGCAGAUGACGACAUGAAUGACGUUCCGACUGCUGAUGAUGAUUUCUUCCCCUUGAAUGGCGAAAUUGUCCCAACUUCUACACCUCUUUUGGGAGAUAGAAAUACAGAACAUGAAAGGUUGAGAGAUUUAUGGGCUAUGCAAUAUGAUGAUGAUAGCGCUGAUAGUGACGAAGAUGAGUCAGAAACUGUGACUAUAAUGGAGAAAAAAGUAACAAUCACUAACUCGAACAUCGACCAGUCGCGGGUGAAAGCUUACAUGAGAGAAAUUUUAACGUGUCCUUGGAUGUCAGCUGAUAAAUUAGAGAGAAAAACAGGCGAUGACAGUGACGCUAACAUAACGAUUACUGAAACAAGUGCUCCUACCGAUGAGCAAGACGACGAGACUAGUGAAAUUGUCAAUGCUGUAUUUGCUCCACCGCAGGAGGGUCAUCAAGAUAUACUGAAGAAAGUAGGAACAUCGUUCGGUGGUGAUACUGCGGAACAAAUGACAUCUGGAGUAGUAUUGAGUGAUUUCAAUGUCGAAGGUCUUCAUUCCAUGUCUUCUUUAGCAGCCAUUCUUCCCAAUCGUGUGGUGAAAAAAGCUGAAAGGAACAUGCACGUCGCUUUCGCUUUCAGUAUUGCUUUGCAAAUGUGCAAUGAAAACAUGUUGCAUCUGAGUCAAACAAGACCGGAUGGAGAACGAACAGGGCAUACCGAAAGUUGGAUGGGAGACUUUAUUGUUAGAAACGGAACUCCCCCACCUGGAAUGGGAGGCGAGUAA